UGCUACGUCCUUAUCUUCACAUGCAACCGCAAAGUCCAAGUCUUGCCUGAAAUCAUUGUCUAUCUGCACUACCCCAGUUUCCACCUUCUCCGCAUCAGCCUGCGACCCGUUCCCCGGGAGGUUUUCUUUGUUCGUUUGGCAGUGGCUUUUUGAUACCUUGGCUGGCGCGCUUCAAGGCGUGCGCGAUACCCUCAACAUGCCAUCCUCCUCAAUCACGUCCGCAGUCGUCCACCAAGAUAGAAUGCACACUUUGGGCAACCAGAUCGGCUACAAAGCACGCAACAUGACGAUGCUUGGACAGCCCACCAUCGAUAUCAAUCUUCACGCAGACAGAGACCACCAAUCCAAAUUUGUCAUGAGCUACUCCUCCAUGGAUACUAUUGACGGCACUGUAACGAUUACUGCGCAACACGACACGCGCUUCGAGGAUAUUGACAUUAGCUUCAUUGGAACCACUCAAGUAUACGUGGAUAGGAUGACGUCUACGCCGACUAUGACGGGGCGGACAGAGGCGAAGCACCGGUUCUUGACUCUUAGACAGCCUAUAGACAAAUCCAUCUUCCCAGAUCCAAGAGUCUUCGAGGCGGGCAGAGCAUAUCAGAUCCCGUUUACCUUCACCGUCCCAUCGCAAUUGCUACCAAGAGCCUGCUCACACGACGUUGUCUCUGACCACAUCCGCGACACACACCUACAGCUCCCACCCAGUAUCGGAGAUGCCGACCUUGCUGGUUUCGGCAGUACGUUACUCGAUGAUUUAGCGCCAGAUAUGUCCAAGAUCACCUACAGCAUCCAAGUCAAGAUUGCCCACAUCCGCGGAUCUGAAGGCAUUUCUGUGCUUGCUGAGAAGAUCAAAAAGGUUCGCGUCAAGCCCGCAUUUCCCGAGCAACCACCUCUCAAUAUUGACAACAGUCCGGAUUACCGACAGAGACAGGAGAGGACUGUAAAGAAGGGGCUCUUCAAAGGAAAGCUAGGAAAGCUAUCCGCCAGAACCGUCCAACCGUCACCUCUUGUUAUUCCAGGCGCCCGGUCAACAGAGGGUAGAUUAAUCACGACCAUGGCCAAAUUGAUCCUCCGCUUCGACCCAGCCGAAGAGACCAAUCUUCCGCCUAAGCUGGGCUCACUGACAACAAAACUCAAGGUAUCGACCUUUUACGCCUCAGCUGCACGAAAAUGCAUGCCCACACGAUCAACCCUCGGAUACGACCUAUCGCAAGGCCUUUACUCAGAAUACUUGCCACUCUCCACUCUCUGCAUUGCAUCCGCUCAAUGGACAAAGCACGGUGCUGAAUCUAACCCGCCGCCAGCAAGCUUUCUACGACGCGACUCGGGCAUCAGCGACUGCUCCACAAACAGUGAGUGCGAGGAAGCUUUUGCGAACGGCAUUCUUCCGGGGUCGAGCGCCUACAAUCAGGGCAUCUUUUAUACGACUCAAGUCCUGGUUCCCAUCACCCUACCCAUGACACGCAACUUCAUCCCGACCUUCCACUCCUGCCUAAUCUCACGCAUUUACGCUCUCACAUUGCAAUUUUCAGUCCACAACAGCUCGAGUCUGAGUCUCAAGGUCCCAAUCCAAAUUUGUGCCCAAGGCAGCGACACAGGUAUCGAGAAUGCCCGAGCGCGCAAUGUGGAGGAAAGCGCAUUCCGAUCAGCUACCGAUAUGUUGGCGCCACGCAGCAUUGCGCCUCCAUCAAGCUCAGAAGCCAGUCGCAGCUCCAGUUUUGCAACGAGAGACGAUAUGCCACCGGACUAUUCGGAUUUUGCGCCACCAGCCGUGAGGUAUAGCGUGAGCCACUCUGUUGUCAUUUGAGUGUGCGGAGCUACUAAUGAAACUACUCAACGUAGUUGUCGAGUCGGUUGUCUUAACGAUUUUCCUUAACAAGGCGUUUAUUUCGGCUUUCCCUUCAAAAGACGCCAGUGAUACACAAUUGUGGAUUUACCUUUCUUAUUUGGCGCAACAGACUGUACGGUUGUAAUAUUUGCAGGACAUACCCCAUUCUACGAAUUUGUCACAUAAUACCUAUUAGUUCUUUAUUCACAAUUAGUAAAACAACCAAUCGCAAUCAUACUUCAAAGAUUCCCUAU